AUGGGCGCCGGCGCAAGUACUCCCUCUGCUCCUGCAGAGCCUCCUGCGGCGACAUGUCCUGUUGACCACAAGACCCGUGAAAUUUGGCUUCAACAAAAUGGCGGAAACGCACCACAUCCCCAAUCCUCCGCGCCGGCGCAAGAACAAGGACAAUCUUCUGCAAAGCUACAACGACCACUAUCCACAGAUCGAGAAGUCAGCAGUAUCCCCCGAGCAGGUAGUCCAGCAGCAGCAGCAACUUGUCCCGAAGGAAAGAAGGAAUCUCCAACGCCUUAUGAAUCUUCCCCAUCCGCCGCAUCGCAUGGCUGUCCGUCCAAUGCUGAAGCCGAAACUGGUCAUGACGAGGCCUCUGGCAACUGGAUCUAUCCGUCUGAAAAGCAAUUCUUCGAAGCUUUGAUGCGCAAGGGCAAUACUCCAGAGUCAACGUCGUCUGCUUCCGAACUAGCUACAUCCGUCGCUUCCAUCAUCCCCAUCCACAACGCCGUCAACGAGCGCGCAUGGCAACAGAUUCUCGACUGGGAAAAGAAAGCUCCUUCCACAGACCCGGGCAGCAAGAAGUGUGGAGGACCUAAGCUAUAUUCCUUCCGCGGACUUGGAGUCGAUCCCCAGUUCCUGAGUCCACGUGCCCGAAUCAACGGAUGGCUCGGCUACCAGCGUCCAUUUGAUCGACAUGAUUGGGUCGUUGAGCGCUGUGGUGGUGAACGCGUCGAAUACGUUAUCGACUUUUACCAAGGGAAAACAUCUGGUGCCAAUGGAAACCCAUCCGGGUUGACGGGGAAUGCCGCACCUGGCAAACUUAGCUUCUAUCUAGACGUGCGGCCAAAGCUGAACACCUACGAGGGAUGGAGGAUGAGAUUCAACAGCUUCGUUGGCCUUUAA